AUGACUACGUUUCUGUUGAAAUCGUUCGUGACGUCUAUUGUCAAACGUCUCAAGGAUGCCGCGAGUUAUCAUAAAAUUGGAAAUAGGAAGGCUAAUUUUCAUCUUGCGAGAAGAAAUUUGGAAAUGAAAUGUCCCGACGGUCCAGUUUAUACGACGCGUUUGGCCUUGCCCCCCGAUUACGAUAACGUGGUGGAAUUCAUGUGCGAGGAGUAUUACAAGGGUGAACCCAUAGUUCAUAAUAUCGGCAUGAAAGGCACGGAGGCGCCAGAGUGCUGGCGGCAGUUGAUGUACGAGCAAGUACGAGCAGGUCUUUCGAUCAUCGCCGUGGACCAGGAUCACUGUAUCAUAGGGGCGGCCCUGAACGCCGUGAUAAUCCCAUCGGAGUGGAAAACUCUGUGCGAGUUCGCGAAAAGUUGCGAACCCGUACCCAUCAGACGCAUCAUUGAGUUUUACAGCUACGUGGUGAGGGAAGUGAAUGUUUGGGAACGUUAUUGCGUGUGGCAGGUGUUUGAGCAGAGCUGCGUAGCCGUGUCCAGCGAUUUCCGAGGAAUGGGAAUCGCUAAGAAGCUCAUCGCGGAGAGUUGGUACCUGGCGCGCGAUUGCAGCUACUCGUUGUUUUUAAUACAGUGCAACAGCAGAUACUGUGCAAAAAUAUGCGAAAACUUUGGAUGGGAAAUGAUUUGGAGUAUACCGUUCGAUAAGUACGUGCACGGCUGCGAAUCUGUCUUCAAGCACAUCAAGGAACCACAUACCGUCAGUCAGGUAUUCGUCGAUCGAUUGAGAAAAUGUAAACCUUACUGCAAGACUCCCAAGAAAUGCGAGAAAAUAACGUAUCCGCCGAAAUUAGAAUAAGUGCUUUUACCAUUAAUUUAGUUGCU